UACUAGUCUAGGAAUAUCAAACCAAUACAUAGAAAAUCAAUAAGAAGAAUUUAGAGACAGAAAGUCAUCAUGUCCUCGAAAUCAAAAGCUAAAGCUAUGUUCUUCAUCUUUAAAAUAUUAAUGUUAAACGCUUUGGCACCAAUAUAUGCAUGUGGUCCCUGCACUCCGCCACGUCAUCACAAACGGCCACCGCAUCAUGGAGGAGGCCGGCCAAAAGUGUCCCCUCCUCUGCCGCCGAUCAUAAUCAACCCUCCAUCGGUACCCCCUCCGGUGGUGAUAUACCCUCCACCAGCCUCGCCCUCACCGUACCCGCCGCCGCACGGUGGUGGUCCUCCUCAUCAACGCACUUGCCCAAUUGAUGCCCUAAAAUUGGGACUUUGCUUGGACGUGCUUGGAGGAUUGGUGCAUGUGGGAAUAGGGGACCCAAUCGAGAACGUGUGCUGUCCCGUUAUACAAGGGUUGCUUGAUCUUGAAGCUGCGAUUUGUCUUUGCACCGUUAUUAGGGCUAAGCUUCUUAACCUUAAUAUCUUCAUUCCUCUUGCACUUCAAGUCUUGAUCACUUGCGGGAAGACUCCUCCUCCUGGUUUUGUUUGUCCUCCUCUGUGAUAACCAUAGUGCUCCAUACUGAAUGUAUUACAAGGGUAGCUAGUUAGGGUUUGUUUUGAAUAAGUUUUUUCUCUAAA